UGCUGCAGGUGACUAUGAAGCUGAUAGCUAUGUCACCAGCUGGAUACUGGCAGAGCAGGAGAAACAGAUAUGACCUACUCGUCACAUCCCUGGGAGUCAUAUGGAUCAUUUUGCACUUUGCUUUACUGAAUGCUUACACAUACAUGAUGGGCACAUGUGUGAUUGUAUUCAGGUUUUUCACCAUAUGUGGAAAGCAUGUGACGUUAAAGAUGCUUUUGCUAACUGUGGUCGUCAGCAUGUACAAGAGUUUCUUUAUUAUCGUGGGCAUGUUCUUGUUGUUGCUGUGCUACGCUUUCGCCGGUGUCGUCCUUUUCGGCACUGUCAAAUACGGCGAGAACAUUAACAGGCACGCAAACUUCUCCACCGCGGGGAAAGCCAUCACUGUACUGUUUCGAAUAGUCACAGGUGAAGACUGGAAUAAGAUCAUGCAUGACUGCAUGGUGCAGCCGCCAUUCUGCACCCCAGACAAACAUCGCUACUGGGAAACGGACUGCGGCAACUAUGCUGGCGCCCUCAUUUACUUUUGCUCCUUCUAUGUCAUUAUCGCUUACAUCAUGCUCAACCUGCUCGUAGCCAUCAUUGUGGAGAAUUUCUCUUUGUUCUACUCCACUGAGGAGGACCAGUUGCUAAGCUACAACGACCUGCGUCACUUCCAGAUCAUUUGGAACAUGGUGGAUGACAAGCGGGAGGGAGUGAUUCCGACCUCUCGGGUGAAGUUUCUGCUCCGUCUGCUAAGGGGUCGUCUGGAAGUUGACCUGGACAAAGACAAGCUUCUCUUCAAACACAUGUGUUAUGAGAUGGAGCGUCUGCACAAUGGAGGAGAUGUCACCUUCCAUGAUGUACUGAGCAUGCUGUCGUACCGCUCAGUUGAUAUCCGGAAGAGUCUUCAGCUGGAGGAGCUGUUGGCGCGAGAGCAGCUUGAAUACACUAUAGAGGAGGAGGUGGCCAAACAAACCAUCCGCAUGUGGUUAAAGAAGUGCCUGAAACGCAUACGAGCCAAGCAGCAGCAGUCAUGUAGCAUCAUUCUCAGUUUGAGAGAGAGCCAACAGCAGGACCUCCGACGCCUGCUCAACCCUCCCAGCAUUGAGACCACCGUCCCCAGUGAGGAC